CUGUCAUCUAGAUUGUCUUUGACUUCCUGGCCAACUUUAUCGUGCUUUUUGCUUCUUCCUUGGGUAGCAAAAGUGAAGCGCGGUAUCCAGACCUGCGCAGUUUUCUGGCCCACCUGUACCUCCACACACACACCGUUAAGCUCCCGCUGCUGA